ACAGGGAAGUGGCUGUACAAUGGAAGAAAGUGAGGGACUGUUGGAUGCUGGGCGGCCGGCGGACAGCAGGAGGAAGUGUGGCUGCUCACGCCGUCUCUGCUUCUGCUUCAUUCUAGUGUUUGCUGCCAUUUUUCUGUUCUUUUACAACACGAACUUAACGGAGAUGACAACUGACUGGAACCCUUUUAAAAGUCUGGGUCAGAGCAAGAACUCUCCCAACACGACAGAUUUCAGCAGCUUCACUAGUUCUCCUGGACCUGAGAGCAGCUCAUCAGUGACCGAUCAGGCGACACAGAACAACUCUGUUCCUCCACUGGUUCCUUACGUGUCUCCUGGACCAUAUCUAGUGGAAUAUCCUCAUCAGUACCACUUCAAUAUCAAUGAGCCUCAGAAGUGUUCGGAGCAGCAGCCUUUCCUGGUUCUGAUGGUUCCCGUGGCGCCCGACAACCGGGCCCACCGCGACAUCAUCCGCAACACGUGGGGAGGUGACAGCAGCGUCCUGGGUAAAGUGGUGAAGCUGUUCUUCCUGCUGGGGCAGAAGACUGGAGAGGGAGCGGAGCAGCUCCARGAGCAGCUGCUGCAGGAGAGCACAGAGCACCGGGACCUGAUCCAGAGCGACUUCGUGGACUGCUACAAGAACCUGACCAUCAAGACCAUGGUGAUGCUGGAGUGGCUGGACUCCUACUGCUCCAACGCCUCUUACGCCAUGAAGAUCGACUCGGACAUGUUCUUAAAUGUGCCCAAUCUCAUAAAUAUGUUGUUGAGCGCUCCGAAGACAAACUACAUGACUGGACUGGUGGCGAGAGGAGGUGCCGUUCUGAGGGAUCCCAGCUCUAAAUGGUACGUCCCUGAGGAUCUCUACCCCGACUCACAGUACCCACGAUACGCUUUGGGUCUGGGCUACGUUUUGUCCUCAGAUCUCCCGAAGAAGUUGGUGGAAGCAGCCAAACACGUGCGAGCUCUGUACAUCGAAGACGUUUAUCUGGGGCUGUGUAUGCAGCACCUGGGCAUCCCCCCCACUGACCCCCCAGACUGGGGUUACUUCCAUGUGUUUCCUGUGUCGUACAGUCGCUGCGCUUUCUCCAAACUCGUCGCCACCACCACUCAUGAAGGAGCUGAUCGUACGUGGAUGUGGACGGACUUUAAAAAACCAGGCCUGUACUGCUGAGGUGUAAAAGAGAAACAGGAUUCAUUCAAUUCAAUUUAUUUGUAUAGCGUCAAAUCAUUAUAUACAUUAUCUCAAGGCUCGUUACAUAGAAGGUUUUUGUGGUUUAGGUUUUAAACGUUGAUUACAUAUUUUAGAGAUCUGCUCUCCUCUCAGGUUCACGUUGAACAGAACAAACAUCAUCAUGGUUCAGUGGCUGAAGACAGUUUUUAAAUCUAGUAUUUCUACAGUUGAGAGAACACAGACCGGGUGAAUGUGUGCAUAGAUAUAAAUAGAAGACUGUAGAUGUUUAACAAGGUCUUCCUCAAAGUGAAUGAAAAUGUGGCACUUGAUAGUUUCUCUUCCAGAGUCUGAUCGAUCAGGGUUUUCUUCUCGCUCAGGAGAUAAAUUCUGUCACAACACGUCCACGAACGGCCGAGACAUUCUGUCUGUCCUCCGGUCACCGCUCCACCUCCAGGGUUGACGUGUGUGACUGUACGUCGUGUUUGCUGAUGGGUGGAGUUACAGUGAAGGGGUUGGUCUGACGUUUUAAAUUUCCAUCAUCCAUAAAACAAGUUGUUUGAUUUGGACAAACACAUCAAACCUCAGGGAAACUUCUACACUGUGCUUCUCUUCAAACCAUGUUCACCAAGCAGGAGCCUGGAGAAGCUCUGUGAUGUCCCCUCCUCUGUGACGUCACCUCCUCUGUGACGUCACCUCAUCUGUGACGUCCCCUCCUCUGUGACGUCCCCUCC